UUGAAGGCGGACGCUGCACGGCUCCGUGAACUCUUCCGUGUGUCGCUCGGAGGUUUCAUCUGUGAUCCUCUCAGAUGCCAACACUCCUGAAAGUCUGGAAUAACUGUCUGGUAGGAAUGAACACAGUCAGCAGCGGUAAACGUACAUAAACCAGGUGAAGCAUGCUGUCUGCUGUGAGAGCCGCCAGACGGUCCCUCAGAUACUUCAGAUGCAUCUCUAACUCUGCAAUGGACAAAGGAUACCAGCAGGCAAAUGUGGUCGUCCUGCCCAAUCAUCUAGCAGAUGACUUUGAAGCCUUCUGUCGCAGUAAUCCCGCCCCCUUGCCGCUCCUUUAUCGCAGCCAAUCAGGAGAGACUUCCUGUCCACCUCUGGCUAAACAUGCUGACAUAAGGACGGAUAUCUCUCAGUAUUGUGUGUAUGAGGAGGGUUGCUUGGUGAAAACUGUGUCCAGUCUGCAGAAUUACGGGAGACAACCAAGUGCUGCAUCAGGUCCGUGGUCAGACAUGGUGUGUUUCUAUCUGGGCUGCAGUUUUGGCUUCGAAGGCAAACUGAAGAAAGCUGGAGUCCCUGUCAGGAAUGUGGAACAAGGCAGAAACAUCAGCAUGUACAGGACUGCAGUCGGCUGUUUUCCUGCAGGAAAGUUCAGCUGCCCUCUAGUGGUCACAAUGCGUCCUAUUCCAGCUGCUCUGCUGGAUGCAGCAGUGGAGGUCACUCAUCUCAACCCACUUGCACAUGGAGCUCCUGUCCACAUAGGAGACCCAGCUUUUCUGGGCAUACAGGACCUGUCCAGACCAGACUAUGGAGAGCAGGUAGAGCUGCAGCCUGGUGAUGUCCCAGUGUUCUGGGCCUGUGGAGUGACUGCUAUAGAGGCAAUACUCAGCAGCAAGCCUCGUUUGGCAUUCAGUCACUCACCAGGCUGCAUGUUCCUGACUGACAUCCCAGACACUCCUUCCUCUCCCCUAACUCCCCCUUCUGACAGUCUGGAGCCUCAACACACCAAAGCUCAUCCUGAGCAGACCCCGCUCUGCUUCCAGGUAUCCCACAAUCCCUUGCUGUACAGCCUGGCAUCUCAGGCAGCAGUGGCAAAGAUCAGACAGUUGGAGACGGUUAUUGGAGAGGACCCAGGUGAACGAGGGAUCAGAGCUUUAUUUGUUCAGGAUGAACUUCUGCGCUCCUGUCUGGCUCUCUCACACUCCUCCUCUGUUGCCAUAACAACCGGUUUCCCUACACACUACAUGCACAGCCCUCCGGAUGAGACGGAUGGACCGCCUGGAGCCAUCGCCAUGGCGACCAUGCUGCUGUCUCUGGGUAAAAAGGUGACGAUGCUGACGGACAGGAGAGCCGUGGAGAUGAACCAGGCCAUCAUCGAUGAAGCAGUGAGGAACGGAGUGCUGAAAGCUGCAAUCCCAUUGGUCACUUUUGAGGAUAGCGGUCCAGACGCUGCGCUGCACUUCUUGUGUCACCAUGGAGACGCUAGCAAGCCCAGGUACGACCACCUGGUGGCGAUAGAGCGCAGUGGACGGGCUUCAGAUGGAAAUUACUACAACAUGAGAGGAAUAAACAUCAAACAUCUGGUGGAUCCCAUUGAUAACCUGUUUAUUGCUGCCAAGGACAUCCCAGGAAUUACUACCACAGGAAUCGGUGAUGGUGGUAAUGAGCUGGGGAUGGGUAAAGUGAAGGACAAGGUGAUAAACCUGAUGCCCAAAGGGAGUCUGAUAGCCUGUGAUGUUCCGGCUGACUUUGCCAUUACUGCUGGGGUGUCUAACUGGGGAGGUUAUGCUGUGGCCUGUGGACUCUACCUGCUCCACACCUGCCCUUCACACCAGCGCUACCUGAAGAAAGGACUGGGACUGGAACCAGUGACCCCCCAAGACCAGCUGCAGGACUGGACUGCUAACCUGCCGUCAGUGGACAAGGAGGAGUCUUUCCUUUCUACUCUGGUCAAGUUUGGAAUCCGGAGUGGGAAAACUGCUCACCUGGCCAUGGAGGUGGACGGCUUGACGUUUCACCCCACACACUCUGACAUCAUCAGCAGACUGCUGGAAGUAACACAACGCUCCACCACGCUUUGAUCAGCUCCUCCUGAACAUCAGUGUUUUAGAGAGUGAUGUGUGAUGGGAGUGGGUCGUGUACUUUAUGCCAUUAUUGAAAAUCAACUGUUAACUUGCUUUUUCACAUCUGAAUGAAACAGAAUUAACAUUACAAGUGCUGUUUGUAUCAACUGGCAGAAUGUUUGUGUGUACUGUACACAGUAAAUAGUUUGAAAUUAAAGCUACAUUUAAAUAAUAGCCUGUA